AUGAGUAGGCUCCUCGCCGCCCUCACGCUUUUCUCCCUACUCGCAGUUGCCCUUCUGUACUUUGCUGGCUUAGACACCUACCACUCACUCUCACCGCAAGGAUGUCGCAUGUCAUGGAUGUGGCCUUCCUAUGUGUUACAGAAUAAGUUCGAUCACACAUGGACCCCGCUUGCGCGUCGGUACAGUCUGUGGCUUUACCGCGAAGGGAACCUCGAGAGCAACGAGUUGCAUGGCGUCCCCGUCCUCUUCAUACCCGGAAACGCCGGGUCGUCGCACCAGGUUCGCUCCAUAGCAUCCUCGGCUGCUCACCAGUACUACUCCGCGCCAUACCAAGUAUCACCGGAGUUUACGAGCAAGGGCUAUACUGGUCUCGACUUUUUUGCUGUGGAGUACAACGAGGAUCUGUCUGCCUUCCAUGGUCCGACCAUUGACUCAGAGACCGCAUAUGCAGCACGCGCCAUCGACUAUAUACUGUCCUUGUAUCCCGCAGGCACGUCCGUCAUCGUCAUGGGUCAUUCCAUGGGCGGAAUUGUCGCUACCGCUCUACUCCCAAAUCCCAACAUCUCUACCAUUAUUACCAUGUCCACGCCGCAUACCCUCCCUCCGGUACGGUUCGACCGCCGCAUCGACCACAUAUACGCCAACAGCCACAAAUUGCUGGCUUCUGACCCGACGCCCAUUUUAUCCCUCUGUGGAGGCGCGACCGACCUCAUGAUUCCGUCCGAAUCCUGUGUAUUGUCAUCAGCUUUUGGAAACUUCAGCAGCUCUGUGUACCGACGCACUGUGUUCUCAAGCGCGCUGGAGGGGUGCUGGACCGGCGUUGGACACCUUGCUAUGGUGUGGUGUCACCAAGUUCGCUGGCGCGUCGCCCGCGCGGCGUUGGAAAUCGCAGCAGCGAAGAACGUAGAAGGGCGUGCAGCAGCCCUGGACCUAUGGCUGCGGGACGGGCAUACCUUGCCGCCUGUACAUGUUCCCGAUGACGUUCACUUGCGCCGAGGGUUGUACCACUCUGUGCCACCCAAUCAACACCUCUUGGUCCGCGACCCUGAUGGCUCGCAGACCUACCUCCUCCCAUUCCCAAAAGCUGAAGAGGGCCGAACAUCGCUCAAAUUUGUUCUGUACGCAUCUCAAGGGUCGAUGCCACCCGUCUCACCUCGUCAACCUCUUCCGUUCCAGGCGGCAGUCCGCGUGUGCAAGGAACACGAUGAAAUCUCAUGUUCUCCGCUGACACCAUCCACCCUCAAGCUCAUCCCUAGCCCUAUCCCGGGCUCCCCUUUCCCGGUACCUGGUGAAGGCGCAGACGAGUCUGAGGGUGUUGUGCUGUUCGAGGCCGAUGUUGCUUUGGGCACGAACUCAUACGUCGCCGUGACUGUGGAAAACGGCGAUAAACGAGGUUGGAUAUUCGGCGGAUUUGCCGAGAUCGAGCCCAUCAACAUCGAAGUGGGUCUGACGAGCCUCCUGGUUUCUUCGGUCGAUGUCGCUGUACUAAGUGGUAUCCGUUGGCAACUCAAUCUCCCCAAUCUGCCGGCAAACUCCCUGGUUGUAUAUCGCUUGACGCCAAGAUACGACCCAAAUCCCUCCUGCACACCUGAUGCCGUGUUGCUACCCCUUCUUACCCACCAGUCGCAUCCAUCUGAGACGCACUAUUUCCCACUUGCACCCAGCUUCUCGAGGCGCAUCCUCCUACACUCCCAUUCCGCUGCGCCGUACAUUGCGUCCGACCACCCUUCAGGUCAUGUGCUGACUAUCCAUUCGUCCGGCGAGUGCCGCGUGAGUGAAUUAGAGCUGAGUGUGGAUUGGUGGGCAACCAUCGGUCGCUGGGGUACACGAUAUGGAACCGCAGCUGCGUGCUGGGCUGUGGGCAUCGUUGCUGCACUCAUGUGGGAUACAUGGCGGCUAGUGGGAAGUGGCGCUCUCAUUCCAGACGUGCGGUCGUCCCUGGACUUGUUCGCGCGCAAGAGACUGCCAUAUCUCGUUAUUGCAUCAUAUUUCAUCUCCUUUAUACCACUGCGGGUAGGUAUCUGGCUGGGUAAUGGAGGAAGUCCGCAUUUCGCAUCGCUUGCGACACUGCUACUCCCCAUAACAUUCGGAUUAGUAUGCGUGAUGUGGUGGCUUUUGCUCAUUCUGCUCUGGCCAUUACAACGCGUUCUGAAAAUAUUCGGAAGGCGCAAAGAAGAACCUACUCUUCGCCGACCCACUACAGCUCUCCUAUCGAUGGGGCUCAUAUUCUUGGUUAUUUUUAUUCUCGUCCCGUGGCAAGUCGCAUUCCUUGGCUGCUGGCUCAUCCAUUUCUAUACCUGUGCAUCAUCACUGGCGGAACUAUCUUCGUAUCCUUCACCUGUUCCUGGUACCGAGGCUGUCCCACUCGUCCCUGUACCCUCGGAUCCUACACAAGCAUUCAUUGAAGCCCAUGAUGAUAAUACGCCCAAUCCUCCGACUCCGACUCGCAUCUCGCCGCUACAGCAGACCAAUGCGCAAUUGCACUUGUUGCUGUUUAUGACAUGGCUACUGCCCCUGGUGGCGCCUGUGCUCGCUGUAUGGGUCCGCACGCUCGCGACGGCAGGGCUCACAACGCCCUUUGACGGCGAUCACAACUUCCUGUAUGUCGCCCCAUUCCUGGUACUCGUCGAGGUCUUUGGCAGCGGGGAUGCGAGCAUCGGAAUAAAAUCAUUCUUCGAGCGCCAAGAACGCGUGUCGCCGAGGUGGGGGAUGGCGGCGCUCGCCCUCGUGGCGUUCUUCACCGGACCGAGGACGACGUACAUGGUGUUCGAGACAGCGAGCGUGGCGAUGGGCUGGGCGGUGAUGAGACGGAUUGCGCCUAUGUACUGGAGUGGGAGGACGUGA